AUGCGCGGUAUUCUCAACGCCAACAACAUUACUUCCUUUGACACUUCCUUUAAGAGGUUGAUUUUCUACAUGGCACUGGCUAACGACCAUAUGCUCUGCCUCCUUGCUCGUCGAUACGCCCACCGCAACCCCACCGCUGCCAGCAUCAUGGGCCAGAUCGCCCGCCUUGAACUUCAAGAGCGCCAAAACCAGCGGGCCCAAGGUAGCCACCCCAUCCCUAGUCGUCCCACCUCGUCGGCUUCAGCCCCAUCCACCCCCUCCACCCACCAGACUCCCCCGGCCGGACGAGUCCGCACACGCACCACCAUCAAUGUCAAUUCCACUUGGGAACUCGCGUACUAUUACGCCUUCGCCACUCCGGAGGACGUAAAGGUCGCCAUGAUAAACGUCCUACUCCAAAAUAACAUCACUAAUCUCCAUGGUAUCUUCUCCAUUCUCAGACGGCAUAGUCCCUCCGGUCCGAGCAUCCUAACCGACAUCACUGAACUCGAACUCGAAGAUCGCGAGAAUCGGCGCCUCGAAGCUAGUGGCACCAUCCUCAAGCGUCCCGUCUCGCCAAUCCCGACCCCCUAUGACAUCCAGGACAACCAGGUUAAUAGCUUAGCAGUCUACCACAAGCCAUACCUUUUCCCUUAG